AUGUACCGGCCGGCAAAGGCUCGCCUUCGUGCUGAGGGAUUAGGCGUCGACGAGGGUCAAGCUACUCCAGAUGAAUCCCCGUUGAUACCGGAUCUACUGAGCGCCAACUUGGCAGCAGUCGUCGGCGAUACCAGCAUGUACGACGACGAGAGCGAAGAGGGAUCCUCCGAGUCCGUCAGAAACGGAUCGUCAGACCAUCGCUCAUGGGCGGGGACAUGGGACGACCGCACAGGCAGGAAUUAUCAACGCUCGGUUGCGCCAUCCCUUGAGCCACCGUCUGCCAUGGGUACCGUAUCCGGUUCGAUUCGCAUCAUGGAUGGCAAUCCUGUAUUCGUCGGCGAUCCGGAGAGCGACUGGGUGCGCUGCCGUGCUGCUAUGCAUCGUCUCAAGCGGGAUGGGCGCAUACUUGAGGUGUGGAGGAAAUGGCUAGGACAGUCGCAACCGGCGAAGCCUCUACGAGGCAAUGCUGUUGCAAGGCAACCGACUCGGUCUUCGUCUGGCAUUUCCAGGCCGGGUCCUGCGAGAUCAGGCCAAGUGAAUUCGGAUGUCGUCGAGCCCGGCGAUGUACCCUUAGAGUAUGUGAGAGCUGUGUUGGACGAACAUAUCCUCGACGUUCUGCAACUUUUCGUAUAUCCGGACACAAAAGCUCGCUUCCUCGACCUUCUCGCAAUGGUAGGCAUCUUGCCGAGACUGUCUAUGAAUUUGGAGAGCAUUAUGGAUCAGACCGAAUUUUGGAGCUAUUCUGAAGGCCUCAAUCUAGCCGGUACUUCUUCGAGUCCGGGUGGCUCGAAGUCGGCCUGAGCUACUGCGUCUUGUACGAACGGCAGUCAGCCCAUACCGUUUCUGUACGCGUGUCCCUUCACCAACUGUAUUCACUCUUUUGUUGCCUGCC